AACAGAGAGAAGGAGAGAGGGAUGAACAGAAAGUGAUAGAGACACUGAGCAAGUGUGGACCACUUUUACAAUUCAUUCAUCUACCAGUUUUACUUACCUCUUCCGUCCUUCAUUCAGGGUUGGAGUGGUCUGGAUGAUAGAAGGAGAGGGUCAGUGUUUUCUCACAGGUGGCAUUUGAUGUAUGACAAUCUGACCAUGCUGAACUUACAAAACGGCUCCAACUGGACUGGCCCAAACAACUGGUACCACCCGGCCGACACCAUCACUCCUCAACACGGAACAGAUGGUUGUGUGGAUGAUCUGAAUGUGCAGAUGGCCGGAGCAGGGGAAGUAGUGGUGCAGGGAGAGAGGGAUGAGGUGGACGAGUCGCAGCUACACCUGCAGCUAAAGAGGAAGCUGCAGAGGAACCGCACCAGCUUCACCCAGGAGCAGAUAGAUGCCCUGGAGAAAGAGUUUGAAAGGACUCAUUACCCAGAUGUCUUUGCUAGAGAGAGACUGGCUGCAAAGAUUGAUCUUCCAGAGGCCAGAAUUCAGGUAUGGUUCUCCAAUCGGAGAGCUAAGUGGAGAAGAGAGGAAAAGCUGAGAAACCAGAGGAGAUCAGGGGGCACCAGUUCCUGUUCUCAGACACAUACACCCCUGAGCACGUCCUUUACCUCCCCUGUAUAUCACUCCCAUCACAGCAACAGCUCCGGCUCAAUGCACAGUCGGAGUGAUUCGUCUCUCUCAGGCUAUAGCUCUCUGUCUGUCUUCUCCAGUAUGCAGUCUUUGCCCUCCCAGUCCACUCCAACUUACUCCUGCAUGUUGCCUCCUUCUCCUUCUGCCCUCCCCCAUCUUUCCCGUAAAUUUGACUCCUCAUCUUACACCUCUCCCCACCUCCCACCCCCACCCACGGCCAGCCCAAACACAGGAUUCUUUCCCGGUGUUUCCGCAGCAGGGCAGACUGCAGUUCAAGGCGGCGAUCAGGAGCUGGGACAAGGUCUGGGUCAGUACUGGACGCGACUGCAGUAAAAACACACCUUAUCAUUAUCAGACAAAACCAGCAGAGCUUCAAUCAGCAACUUUGAGCAAAUUAUUUAACAAAACGUGUGUCAGGAAACCCUACUUAUUUAGAUUAUGUACACAUCAGGGAAGCAGUCUAUGUAAGCCAUAAUCCUGUGAAAAAAAUGUGGACCUCACAAACCUGCACAGAUGGAAGAGAAAAGGGACUCCAGCCUUUUUGAUCUGCACAGUUAUAUAGGCCUACUCAGCACCAUGCCAGACAAUAGCACAAACUAGUCUGGUUAACAUUCUCAGCUAUUGGAGUUAAAACAGUGCACAUCUAAAAAAAUUAGCUGAGGCCAACACCUUGCCUCAUGUUGAUGCAACGAAAAAUGUUGUUUAAUUGAUGUGCCACUUACAAUCAAUGUGAUAAACUGCAUGUGACCAAAAAUGAGGAUGUUUUAAAACUGCUUCUGUA